AUGUCACGACAUAUAUUAGAUGGACCAGAUUCGCCUUUAGAUAUAAUGGAUCCAUAUCACGUUCACUCAUUCUCAUCCUACACUAAUCAAUUGGGGACUGACAAAAAAUACUUGUACAUGCGCUUCAUCGAAACUAUUAAUUUAAUCGAAAUGGAUGAUUUUGUCGAUACAGAUUUUUUAAUCAAUAGAACUUACACCAGUGACUGUGAUCAGAAGUUUACGCUACUAAUGGAAGCUAGUUUGAAUGGCCAAAUAAAAAUUGUGAGGGAAUUGUUCAACAGAUUUAAUGUUGCAGUGGACAACAUAGGAGACGUGGUGCAUUUUGGUUCACUUGUCAAAGGGGCUACAGCACUGUGGUGUGCAGCUGGAACCGGAUCCAUAGAAGUGGUAAAAAUUCUUGUUGAGAAUGGUGCAAACGUUAAUUUUCUUACUGAAACUAAGUCAUCUCCAUUACGAGCGGCUUGUUAUUUAGGACAUCUAAAUAUUGUUGAAUAUUUGGUUGAACACGGGGCAAAUGUUAAUAUAACCAAUAUAUAUAAUAGCACAUGUCUUAUGAUUGCUUCUCAUAAUAAUCAUAAAGAAGUUGUUGAAUAUUUGUUGAUAAAAGGAGCUGAUAUUAAUAAACAAACUAAUUGCGGAUCUACAGCCAUGCACUUUGCUGCACAAGCUGAUAAUUUGGAAAUUGCUAAGCUGCUCAUAACAUUUAAUGCCCAACAACUAAAAAAUGAACAAUCUUUAACUCCAAUUUUAGUGGCAGCCGAAAGAACACAUCAUAAUUUUGUAUAUUUCCUCAUUGAUGAGAGUCAAUUAAAUUUGACCCGAGAAGAGAAGAUAGAAGCUGAAGAGUUACUAGGUGCUUCUUUUUUGAAUGACAAAGAUCAUUAUGACUUGCACCGUGGAUAUAGUAUUCUACUUCGAGCGAUGAAAAGGAGGUACGAAGAGGAUCCAGUUAUAAAUAAAAAAGUUAACAAAACAGUUGAAUGUUAUAAUAAUAAAGUUGAAUGUCAAACUGUACAAGAAUUAUUAGAUAUAAAAGACAAUCCUGAAGCUAUACAUUUUGAAUCUCUGAUAAUUAGAGAACGGAUUUUAGGAGAAAAUAAUCCAGAUUUAUUGCAAUCAAUUAUAUACCGUGGUGCUGUUUAUGCGGAUGCACAACAUUUUACACCAUGUAUUCUUCUCUGGAAUCAUGCCUUAAAAAUAGCUCAUCAUAAUAAACAUAGCAUCCAAAGAGAUCUUUUACGAUUCACACAGGUAUUUUGUCAAAUGAUAAAAAAUAAUAUUAUCAUCAAAUUAUUAGACUUAAAGAAUAUUUUACAAUCUGCAUGUAAUGAAUUGAUUACUAUUAAAAAAAGAUUAUCCGAGGCUGAUAGUUCAUCUGAAAAAGAAUUAUCAAAGAAUGAAUAUUACUCGAAUAUAAAAUCAACACUUGGUUUAAUUAUUAUAACCAGUAUUGCAUUAUUACAAAAUGGUAAUAAAGAUGAUCCGUUGGUAGGCGAUUUGAUGAAAGUUAUAGUGGAAAUAAAUAAACUUGAACUCAAAACAAAUAAAGGCCAAACAUUACUUCACUUGUGUCUUAAUUAUGAUACAAAUGUUGACAAUAUCUUUACAACAGGAAUUUGCUGCUUUCCAAAUUUUCUUGCAAUGAAACUAUUAGUUCAUUGUGGAGCAAACGUAGAUGCAGUUGACAAUGAUAAAAAUACACCCCUUCAUUACAUUGGUAAAUUCAUAACUGAUUUUCCUCACAUACCACACAACAGUGAUUAUUUAGACACAAGAAAAAUGGUGAUGGAGUUGUUGAAUGCUGGUGCUCACACAGAUUUUGUUAACAAAUUUGGGGUUUGUCCUCAUACAGGAUAUUUGUCGAAUUUAUUUCAUUUAACAAACAAUGUACCAAGGAGUUUGAAAUGUUUAUCUGCCAGUGUGCUCAGGUAUCGAUGUCCAAAGAAAUACUAUCGCGAUCAAUUGCCAACAAUAUUAGUACAAUUCACUAAUUUACAUUAAGUGAUUAAUAUUUAGUAAAAUAUUUAGAUAAAAAAAAUAGUAUCUUCUGUAUGAAAUAAUACAUAAAUGUAAAUAAUUAAGUCAUAAUUGUAUGCAGGUCAGCUGUAGGCAGAUCAAUUAAUGCUUACAGCAGAAUAUUAAAGAGACUUAAACAUAAUGCAUUUUUGUUAUGAUUUAUCUAUCCUAUGUGUAUAUAUUUUUAUUUUUUAUAAGCUUAUUUUCUUAAUAUUUUUAUGAAAACAAUAAUGUACAACCAGUUUUUUACUUUAAAUGUUAUUAAUUGAUUU